GCCGCGGACCUUCGUCCACCGGGCGUGGUGGCCCCAAGUGCAGGUGGACGAGGACGUGGCUGCAGCGGACGUGAGAGGAUCAUGUCGGAGACGCAGCUGCGGCCCGCCGAGCGCGACCUCUACCGGGACACGUGGGUGCGAUACUUGGGCUAUGCCAAUGAGGUGGGGGAGGCUUUCCGCUCCAUGGUGCCCGCGGCUGUGGUGUGGCUGAGCUACGGCGUGUCCAGCUCCUACGUGCUGGCCGAUGCCAUUGACAAAGGCAAGAAAGCCAGAGAGGUGCCGAGCCCUGAAGCAGGCCGCAGCACCAGAGUGACUGUGGCCGUGGUGGACACAUUUGUGUGGCAGGCUCUGGCCUCUGUGGCCAUCCCAGGCUUCACCAUCAACCGCGUGUGUGCCGCCUCUCUGUAUGUCCUGGGCACUGCCACCCGCUGGCCACUGGCUGUCCGCAAGUGGACCACGACAGUGCUGGGACUGCUGACCAUCCCGGUCAUCAUCCACCCCAUUGACAGGUCGGUGGACUUCCUGCUGGACUCCAGCCUGCGCAAGCUCUACCCGUCGGUGGAGAAGCCCAGAUCCUCCUGACCC